AUGUCCAAGGCUCGAGGUGCUGGAGGCGUCGACCAGAUUGUGAAGCUGAUCGUGGGAGCUGGACAGGCUAGUCCCAGUCCUCCCGUCGGUCCUGCUCUGGGUUCCAAGGGUGUCAAGUCGAUGGACUUUUGCAAGGAGUUCAACGCACGAACCGCACACAUCAUCACCGGUACACCAACUCCUUGCCGAGUCACCGUCCGUCCCGAUCGAUCAUUCACCUUUGAUGUCCGAACACCGCAAACAUCAUGGCUUCUCCUCAACGCUGUUGAAGCACCCAUGGGAAAGAAGGGAAAACGAAAGGGUGCCGGCAAGCCUGGUCACGAGACAGUGGGAACCAUCACUUUGAAGCACGUUUACGAGAUCGCAAAGAUCAAGCAGUCCGAGCUUCGACUCUCAGGCCUGUCUCUGGAAGGUCUUUGCAGAGCAGUUAUUUUCCAAGCAAAGUCGAUAGGUAUCGAUGUGGUGGCUUAA